UUCAUUGCACGUUUUGGAAAAACCCAUUAAGGACCCAUUUGUAACGAAGUAAAAUAAGAUUCAGACAGAAUCAAAUCCCCCAUUGGAUUUUUCGAAUUAUCCUUUUAUGGUUUUGGUAACCAAGGGAAAAUGGCGGCGAUAGCGAAAAGAGGCUACCGGAGUUCGCAUGUUUUGUUGGUGACAAUGGCGGUGGAGCUGCUGAUUAUGGUCUCCGUUUGCUCUGCAACUACCCCAUCCAGAAAAAUCUUGGCAGAUGCUAAUGUUGCACCUCGACCUGUUCAACUGAGAAAAGAACGUGAGCAAGUAGUGGUUGAUAAUGGACUUGUUCGAGUCACUUUGUCAACCCCUGGCGGCUUUAUCACCGGAAUUCAAUACAACGGAAUUAAUAAUGUGCUUGCAACCGUAGACCGUGAGGAUCGAGGGUACUGGGAUGUCGUCUGGAAAGGAGAAACCUAUGACCAACUCGCAACCACAAAUUUUAACAUUGUUACUCAAAACGACAACCAAGUAGAGCUUUCGUUCUCCAGAACAUGGAGUUCCUCCAAACAGGGCAAGGCCGUUCCCUUAAUCGUAGACAAAAGGAUUAUUGUGCGACGAGGGGUUCCUGGAAUCUAUAUGUACGCCAUAAUGGAGCGUCUGGCGGAGUUCCCUACGGUCGAAAUGUCUCAAAUAAGGAUAGUUCUUCGGCCCCGACAAGACAUGUUUCGGUACAUGGCGAUAUCGGACAACCGGCAGAGGAUUAUGCCGACUGAGGCAGAUCGAGAUGAAGACCGCAGUGAGCCUCUUGCUUACAAAGAAGCAGUUCUAUUGACCAAUCCCUCCGAUCCUGACCUUAGAGGACAGGUGGAUGACAAGUAUCAGUACUCAAUCGAGGACAAGGAUAACAGGGUUCAGGGCUGGAUGUCCAAUAAGCCACUGGUGGGAUUAUGGAUGAUCACGCCCAGUGAUGAGUUUCGUGUUGGUGGGCCAAUGAAGCAGGACCUUACCUCUCACGCCGGCCCAACCCUGCUCAAUAUGUUUGCUAGUACUCAUUUUGCCGGGAACGAUAUGGACACAGAAUACAAACAAGGAGAGCCCUGGAAAAAGGUUUUCGGCCCAGUCUUGGUCUACCUUAAUUCGGGUUCUCCACGGGAUAACUACAAGACACUCUGGGAAGAUGCUAAAAGACAGAUGUGGGAAGAAGUUAAAAAUUGGCCUUACAAUUUUGUUGCAUCAAAAGAUUUUCCUGUUGCUGAUCAACGAGGACAAGUUUCAGGCCAAUUAGUAGUUGUUGACCGGUAUGUUUCCAAUAAACCAGUUUUUGCCAAUUCUGCCCACGUGGGGUUGGCAGCACCUGGAGGUGUUGGUUCAUGGCAAACAGAAACCAAGGGUUAUCAGUUCUGGACAGAAGCUGACAGGCAAGGUGGGUUCGUAAUAAACAAUGUCCGACCUGGGAAUUACAAUCUGUUUGCUUGGGUUCCUGGUGUUGUCGGAGAAUACAAAUUAGAUGUUAAUGUUACAAUCACACCAGGAGGCAAUAUCAAUUUGGGUUUACUUACCUACAAUGCUCCUAGAAAUGGUCCGACAUUGUGGGAAAUCGGAAUCCCGGACCGCACAGCUGCAGAGUUCUUCAUCCCAGACCCAUACCCGACACUUCUUAACCCAUUGUACAUUGAUCAGGAGAGAUUUAGGCAAUACGGAUUAUGGGAUCGGUAUGCUGAGAAGUACCCUCAGAAUGAUCUUGUAUUCACCGUUGGUGUUAGUAAUUACACCCGGGAUUGGUUCUAUGCUCAUGUUACUAGGAACAUUGGAGAAGGUACUUAUCGACCAACCACAUGGAAAGUUGUAUUCCAGCUCAAUAACGUGCCUCCUACCGGAAGUUACACGCUCCAAUUGGCCUUAGCAUCGGCCAGUAUUGCUAAAGUGCAGGUUCGGUUCAACGAUGCCAAAUGGCCUGAUUUUUCAACAGGAAGAAUAGGGUCAGACAAUGCAAUUGCGAGACAUGGAAUCCAUGGAUUGUAUAGAUUUUACACCUUUCAAGUGCCUAGCCAUAAACUCAAGGAGGGUGACAACACAAUCUCUCUUACUCAGUCACUGAGCAUAUCACCAUUCCAAGGAGUUAUGUAUGACUACAUUCGUUUGGAAGGACCUGGACAGUGAUCAUGUACAGAUUAAUUGUUCAUAUUCUUCACAGUAUAGUCCUAUAAGUAUAUACAAAUUCAUACAGGGUGAAAAAGAAAGAGGAAACAUUAAAUUAGAGCAAAUUCAUACUGGGUAAAUUUGUAGAUCCAUGAGGUUUAGUGACAUCAAUUCGGUAAAUGCCUUGUCACUGACCCAAGAUUUCAUUUGGCUUAUUCUUUGUUUUCAUAGAAUUGGAUAAUUUUGUUUAUUGUUUGCAUCAAGGAAGGUUUGAGGCCUGGAUAUACCUGUAACUAAAUAAGCAUGAGUCAUUAAG